AGUCUGAACUCAGGGUUCACUCAGUCUACGAACGUUUGCCACGAGACUUCGAUCUCUCGCCGCAUCGCAUACGCUAUCUCUAUCUCUCUCUUUCUCUCUUUUUGUUCACCCGCCUCUGUAUCUCUCUCCACUUUUCUCCCUUUACCCGGUUGGCAGAGGCAGGAAGGCCAAGCGGUGACCGGGGAGGCGUGCGUAGUAACCGUCCACGUCAACGGAAGUCUUGCCGCGUGCUUUCGGUUACUUUCGGCCCAUAUAGUCGUCGUGCAACCCCCGCUGCUUCGUCCGCUUCGACCGGCUGCGGAUCUACCUGCGGCGCAGCGAGAGAGAUUGUGACUUCGAUAGCGGUGCGAUAACUACAAAGUACCAAGAUGGCUGCAUUCGUGGCGAAGCAGAUGGUCGGGAACAAGCUCAAUGCGGUUAAAGGAGCAGUAGGCGGCGAAGGCGGUGACGAGGAUGACAAGGAGAAGGAAGAAGAAGCCGAGAGAGAAAGGCAGGAAGCUAUUAGAGAGGCCGAGGAGCGAAGAAAGGAGAAACAUCGUAAAAUGGAAGAAGAACGGGAGAAGAUGCGACAAGAGAUCAGAGACAAGUAUAACAUAAAAAAACGGGAAGAGAUACAAGAGAUACCACAAGAAGAGCCUAAUCCUCUGAUGCGAAAGAAGAAAACGCCAGAAGAAUUGGCGGCGGAAGCCGAGGCUGAGGAUGAAGACGAAUUCACCAAAUUGAGAAAUACGAUAGAAACGCAGGUAAACGAGUUCAAAUCGCAUAUCGAAAGUAAGUGUAGCCUCCAAUGAGCCUAUCAUAGCGCGCGGUUUGCGAGAAAGAUGACGGCGAUGCUGUACGUCGUCAUCGAAAUCGCGUCCGUCUGUCACUUCCUGCUGCCCAAAGGAAUAAAAGAGAGAGUGAUAACACAAAAGAUGCAGCGAGAAAGAGAAACGAUAUGCGGAAUAGUCAUCAGCAUUGGACACAUCGCCGUGUCGACUAAUCAUAAAUUGAUCCCAGACCCAGCAAUUAGUCAAUCGUUGUUCAAAACAAAAUGAACGACGAAAACGAUUCAUUUCCCGCGAAUUUUCAGGAGAUUCUUAAAGAAUUUUUCAUUGCCAUCAUAUUUGGAUUCAACUUUAGAAAUCGGAAGUGAUUCUACUAAGAAUUUUGUCUUGAAUAAAAGUUAUGACAGAGUUAUAAUCGAAAAAAAGAAAAAUUAUUAUUGUUACAGAGAAACACAUGGGAUAAGUUUUUUUCUCACACACUUACACAAGAAAAUGUUAU